AUGAUCCAAGCCCUUGAGUCCGCCUAUGGCAAUCCGAAUGAGCUUUCCGAGGCUCUUGACCGCCUGCAACGCCUCCAGUUUACCGUGAAUUGGAAGACCGACAUUGUGGACUUUCUUGCGGAAUUUGACUACUUAACUGCGACCGGUCGUGUGCCCGAGGACCAGAUGAAGCAUACCCUGUGGCAGCACAUCCCGGCCAACCUAGAUAACAGCCUCUUGACCAAGACCCGCGACGAGUCCGUGACCUACGAGGUUUUCUCCCAACCUUCGCCCAGUCCGCCGCCCAAAGACUCGGAGCCCAGAUUAAGGAGCUCCCGAGUCGGAUUCCUCCAAGACUUCCGUGGAAAGCCAGCCGGCUAUAUCCAGAAACAGCUGGUCGCCACUUUCGUCAUCGAUGGCCGUUCGUUCGCAAACGAGACAUUUGAUAUAGCUGAGUGUGGCCAUGAUAUCUUUAUCGGUCUUUUCUGGAUGCGGGAGAAGCGCCUCCUGCUUGACUGCGCCGCCCGACAGAUCAUCUGGCCAGAUGAUCUUCCUGCCCUCGCCAAGUUCUCCCCGACGAUCCAGCUCUCUCGUCAAGCCCCGCUCUCGGGUCGGAUCGACCCUAAGAUCCAGGCCGACGCUGAGAGGCGGAACCGCCUGCUCGAGAAAGAGGAGAAACGCUACCGGAUCCUCCACAAGAACUGGGGCCGCUCUGAUCAAACUCCUCCGGCCUCUGUCCCGACCCCGUUACCGACUCCGUCUCCGUCGUUUCAGUCCAAGUCUCCGUCUGCCAAGAAGUCUGUCCGUUUUCAGCUCACGACCGCCCCUGCUACCGACUUCGUCUCCGUCGCCUCGAUCCAAGCCUCCGAAGAUCAAGCCCUGAUUAACGCCCUGUCGUCUACCGCCCCAGCUCACCCAUCUAGAGGAUUCUUCUCGAAGAAAGAGGCCCACACCCUACCUUCGAGCCGACCCGGUCACGAUGUAGUCCUAGAGCUUGAGAAGCCUCUUUCGCCGACAGGACCCCCAUCGUACCGCACGCCCGUUAAGUAUCUGCCUCUAGAGAAAGAGACUGUCGAUCACCUCCGGGAGAUAGACUUCAUCGAGCCCGAUCCGAGUCCGCACGCCGCUUCUGUCCUCUUCGCUCCGAAACCGAACACGACCGCCCGCCGCUUCUGCAUCGACUACCGUUGGAUGAACGAUCAUCUUAAAAGUCGCAUCACGCCCGCUCCGUCCCUCGAAGGUACUGUUGGUUGCCGUGAAGCUCAACGCUUCACGAAGAUCGAUGUGAUCCAGGCCUUCCACCGUCUCCUCCUCCCGUUCGGUCUGAAGGUAGGUCCCGCCUGGUUCCAGCAGUUUAUCAACGCGCAGCUUCACGAUCUCCUCGACCGAUUUAACGUGACCAAGGUUGACUACCUCGGCGUUCUGCUUGAAGCCGGUGUGGGCCUUAGUGUCGACCCUCGGAAAGUUCGAUCGAUACAAGACUGGAAGUUUGAGGACCUCCGAGACCGCACCGCGAUCCGAUCAUUCGUUGGCCUAUGCAACUUCAUCCGUGUUUUCUGCUACCACGCCUCUGGAGUGGCAGAACCCUUGAACCGGUUGCUUAAGAAGGAUGUUGCCUUUGUGAUGGGCCCGGAGCAACGCGAAGCAUUUGAUCAACUCAAGCGCCUGGCUAUCGAAGCCCCGGUCCUCGCCUUCUUUAGACCAGAACUGCCGACCCGACUGGAGACCGAUGCCUCCCGGAAUGCCACAGCUGGUGUUCUAUGGCAGGAACAGCCUGAUCAGACCUGGAAGCCCGUUGGAUUCUUCUCUAAGACCAUGACCCCGGCCGAGCGAGCCUACCCAAUCCAAGAUCGAGAGCCUCGCCGUCGUACAGAAUGGUCCGACUUUCUCGCCCAGUUCGACAUCCGUUUCCUCUACCGCCCCGGUCGACUGAACGUAGUCGCCGAUGCCCUCUCCAGGAAGACAGCGGAGCUCCCUACCGUAAAGGCCCGGGAAGCCGAGGAACGCACGGUGACCCUGAUCCCUCCGGAAAGGCUAGGCUUCGCGACCGACUCUCUAGACCCUACGGCCGCCGGCAACCUGCCCUCAGAACUUUAG